UGUAAGAAACAGUCAGGAGACGAGGUGGGCCCUUCCUGGGAUUCAGUGUCUCGGACUCUAGAGACAAGUAGGCAGACAGGCAGACAUGAUGCAGAAAGCAGUGAUUCUUGUUCCCCUGCUGCUCCUGGGGUGGACCUUCACCCUCCAGGGGCUCCCUGUACUCCCAGAACCUCUUUACACCACGCAGGAGAACUUUGAUGUGACUCAGUUUUUGGGAACCUGGCAUGAUGUCGCCCUGGCGAGUACAUGUCCCCAUAUCCAAAGUCACAGGAGCGACGCGGCCAUCGGUAAACUGGUGCUGCAGAGAGGCGCCACCGCAGACAAACUCAAGGCGACUCGAACUGUACUUAGACACGGAACAUGUAAGGAGAUGUCUGGGGACUAUGAGUUGACCUCCACGCCGGGGCGAUUUCAUUACCACAUUGCAAGGUGGGGGGCAGACGUGGACGCCUACGUGGUUCACACGAACUACAAUGAGUACGCGAUUGUGAUAAUGAGCAAACAGAAGUCGUCAGGGGAGAAGAGAACCUCGCUCAAGCUUUACAGUCGAACCAUGUCUGUCAGAGCCACAGUGCUGGAGGACUUCAAAACACUCGUCAGAGAACAGGGGAUGAGUGACGACACCAUUGUGAUUAAGCAGGACAAAGGUGACUGUGUUCCUGGGGAGCAGGUGGCUGAGCCGACAACUGAGCUUGAGCCUCGGAGGGUAAGGAGGAACUCUCCUUUUGCUGACGAGGGGGGUUCUGGUUUUGCGGAAGAGGGUCUGGAGGGCAGUUUCUUGAACGUAACUGAGGCCUGUGGAGCAGCGCCAGACACUGGACCAUGUUUUGGGCUACACCAGCGCUACUUCUACAAUUCCUCCUCCAUGAGCUGCGAGCUCUUCAAGUACGGAGGCUGUUUGGGCAACAAGAAUAAUUUUAUGGAUGAGAGAGCCUGUCUGCAGAGUUGUCGCACUGAGGCUGUGUGCCGUCUGCCCAUGGUGCCCCAACCAUGCACAGGACAGCCGUCCAUCUGGGCCUUUGACUCCACCGUGGGUCUGUGUGUGGCCUACAAAAAGGGCAUCUGCCAGGCCAACGGCAACAAGUUCUAUGGGAAGGCCGAGUGUGAGGAGUACUGCGGGCUGCAAAAAGACGCGCUCCUGGAGGCAGAUCAGUGAGUGAGAUGAGGAAACAUCCCGGCUAAUCUGAACUCCUCUCACAGAGACAUGACGUGGACCAGCAUCACAUUACAGCACAGUAAAGAAAGAGGAUUUGGCUGAAACACCAAUGAUCCAAUAAAACAAGUAGUUACCCUGUUU